AUGUCCCCGUUCUCCUUUGUUCUUCUUGCUUGCUUAUCGGCGAGCGCCUUCGCGUCUCUAAGACAAAUUCCUGUCGUUGAUGGUAUCAUCGGAGGUGUUCCCAACGUAACUACUACCGCCACCAACAAGUUAAAGGUAGCGGCGGGGAAUGUGACCACAAAAGUCGGUCAACUUCGUGUUACGGAAAAUUCUGGCGUUUGUGAGACGACGGAGGGCGUUUACUCAGCUUCCGGAUACGGAGAUAUCGCCCAAAAUAAGAGCAUCUGGUUCUGGUACUUUGCGGCUCGGAACAAUCCCGACACUGCGCCUCUGGCACUCUGGUUCAAUGGAGGACCCGGAAGCUCGAGCAUGAUCGGUUUAUUCCAAGAGCUCGGUCCUUGCCGCAUAACCAACGACAGCUCUACUGUGGUACUCAAUCCCUAUUCUUGGAAUACAAACGCGAAUCUCUUGUUUAUCGAUCAACCCGUCGGCGUGGGUUUCUCGUACGGAACAUUAGACGUGGGAACCUCCCAAGAGGCAGCGGAUGAUGUCUGGACUUUCCUCCAGAUUUUCUUCUCCGACUCGAAAUUUGCGAGCUUAUUGGAUCGUGACCUCGCUAUAUGGACGGAAUCUUAUGGAGGGCAUUAUGGUCCCACAUUUGCGGCAUACUUCCUUUCUCAGAAUGAGGCUAUAGCUUCCAGGACCAUCUCAGGCUUGACUUUGAAUCUCAAGGUACUGGGCGUCGGAGACGGAUUAACAGACCCUUUAUCACAAUACCCAGGCUAUAUCACAUACGCAGCUUCCAAUCCUUACCACCCUCUAGUGUCAUCGUCAGUCAUCUCCCAAGCAAAUUCGUCAUGGUCUUCUUCCAGUGGAUGCAAAGCACAGAUCACAGCCUGUAACAACGGCGGUUCCAACUCUGUUUGCUCUAGUGCGCAAAGUUUCUGCAACGACAAUGUGUUGGGUCCAUUGGCGGGAAAUUAUGAUGUCUAUUUCAUACUAUCACUGAACCCAGAUCCGUACCCACCUAAUUUCACAAACUACAUCAACUCUGUUGCUAGCAAAAUUGGCGCGGAGGCUACCUGGAGUAUGUCGAAUGGCGACGUGUACGCUAACUUUGCGGCCACAGGCGACUGGAUGAGGAACUCCAGACCUGACUUGGAGACCGUUAUUAACGCCGGUGUUCGAACGGUUGUUUAUGUCGGUGACGCUGACUAUAUCUUGAAUUUCAACGGGGUAGAGGCCAUGGUGGGUGCGUUGGACAUGAAGUUCAGCGACAUCCUGAAGGAGGAAGAACUGGAAGAUUACACCGUCGAUGGACAAGCGGCUGGUCUACACAAGAAUGCUGGGACGUUUUCUUUCAUUCGGGUAUAUGGUGCAGGCCAUGAAGUGCCUGCAUACACGCAUGGAACGCUUCACUAUGGUCAAGCCGCUUUACAGAUGUUUACACAGAUCAUGGCCAACGAGUCUCUGUCUUCGACGUAA